AGCUCGCCCGACGCGAAAUAACGCUCGCGUUCGAUAUUUGAAAAUCGUAUGAAAAUACGGGUUGGAAAAAAACGGUCUUGCGUCUAUAGCCAGUGUUGCAAUUUGUGAAAAAAUCAUCAGUCACUCAAGUAGAUCAAGAUGGGCGUUCUGGGGAACUAGCCGCUCCGUUAAUGCUAAUCGCUUGAGAGCCAUGUUCGUUUAGCUAUUAGUACAUAUAACGCUCAUAUAUGCACAGAGAGGCUUUGUACGUAUUCCGAGAUUCGCUAAAAUUACGUCAAAAACUCCUCCAAAGGACCACCACGUAUUUUAAAGUGGUAGAAUUCGUGAAGAAAGACGCCAUACGAUACUUCACGUAUGAUUACGAGAUCCACCAAACAUAAAUCCAAAUAAAUAUUAUGAACAUAUUCAUAGGUAACGAUUACCAUUCGAAGAACCUCGUCAAAUUGAAAAUUUGAUUCACACAUUCAACAAUUACUUUUAGUCAAUUGACAAUAAUUUUAUUAAGGUGAUAAUUAAUUUAUAAUUUACUUAAUUAUUGAUAAAAAUCUACUCAUUCAACAAUAAUAGGACGUAAGUCGCUUCGUUAAUUAAAAAAACACACCCAUAGACAAGGCAUUCUAAAUUUGAAAUAAAAAAAAUGGCGGCGAAGGCUGAACCUAUUGGUCCACUUAAUGGCCAUGAACUGGCGCCAUUAAAUACAAGGGCGGAUGGGUCAGAAAGGCCUCAUGGAGUGACCAUCGUGCUGCAAGGAUCUAGAUCAAACUCCUUGCAGAGAGAUGCUCCGGGAGAGGACAGAGCAGCUUGGUCGGGAAAACUGCAGUUCUUUCUGUCUAUUAUUGGAUAUUCUGUGGGUUUGGGCAACAUCUGGCGGUUCCCUUACCUGUGUCAGCAAAAUGGUGGAGGUGCGUUUCUCAUCCCGUUCCUGAUCAUGUUGAUCCUGGAAGGUAUUCCACUCUUCCUGAUUGAAAUGGCAAUUGGUCAGAAGAUGCGGCUUGGCUCCCUUGGUGUCUGGAAUACUAUCCACCCAUGGCUUGGCGGUAUCGGCAUAGCGAGCUGUGUUGUCACCCUGUUCGUCGCUUUGUACUACAACGUUAUCAUCACUUGGGUCUUCUUCUACCUCUUCAAUAGUAUUCGGUUAAGUGCAGAUCAAUUGCCCUGGGCACACUGUCCCCAAGACAAUGGCACGGCUGAAGCUGAAUGUACCAAAGCGUCUGCAACUGUUUACUAUUGGUACAGAGAGGCUUUGGAUGCGUCGCCCAGUAUCGAUCAACCCGGUGCACCGCGAUGGUGGAUUGUGCUUUAUCUUCUGCUGGCUUGGAUUAUUGUCUUCUUCAUCGUUAUGAAGGGUAUUCAAAGUAGUGGAAAGGUCGUCUAUUUCACAUCUCUGUUUCCUUAUGUGGUGCUUACAAUAUUCUUCGUCCGCGGAAUAACUUUACCCGGUUCUGCGGAUGGUAUUAUUCACAUGUAUAAACCUAAGCUAAACAAGCUCCUCGACCCGACAGUAUGGUUGGACGCAGCCACUCAAGUGUUUUACUCCUUCGGGCUCGCCUUCGGUUCUCUCAUCGCUUUCGGCUCCUACAACACGCCCAACAACAACUGCGUGAGGGAUGUGUUGCUGGUGUCCGUCUGUAACGCGCUCACCGCCAUCUACGCCUCCGUGGUCAUCUUCAGUAUCCUCGGCUUCAAGGCUUUCACUAUGGUCGAGAAGUGUAUCACCAAGGAAAUAAAGAUACUAGCGCUGCAUCAUAUAAACGGAUUCACUUUAAACUCCACUCAAGAAUACUACGAAGCUCACUAUCCAUCUGUUAAUAGCACCGUCACUGCUGCACUGAAUCUCACUGGAUGCUCCAUGAGCAAGAAUUUGGAAGAGGCUGCAGAAGGCACAGGCCUCGCUUUCAUCGUCUUUACCCAAGCCAUCCUCAAGUUGACUCCCGCUCCGUUCUGGUCUAUCAUUUUCUUCCUCAUGCUCCUGUCCUUGGGCCUCGGAAGUCAGAUCGGCAUCAUGGAAGGCAUGCUGUGCACUAUCUUCGAUAUCGACUUCUUCAAGAGAUUCAGCAAGCCUGUUAUCACUGGUGCUGUCUGUACGUUCUGUUUCUUCGUUGGGCUCAUCUUCACCACCGGCGCUGGCGAGUACUGGCUCAAGAUGUUUGACUCCUUCGCCGGCACCAUCGGUCUCGUGGUCGUGGCUCUGCUUGAAAUGGUCUCUGUCAUCUACAUCUACGGUCACGAGAGGUUCACGAAUGACAUCUACGAGAUGACCGGCUACCGCCCGGGCUGGUACUGGCAGGUGACCUGGCGUUACGUGGGCCCCUUCAUCGUCUCCUGUAUUCUGCUAUCUUCUCUCAUCUUCAUGCUGCUCUACCCUCCUACUUACGGCGCUUGGAAUGCUGAAGAGGGUCGUGUGGAGAAGACUCCUUACCCUGACUGGGUGCUGGCUAUCGCGGUGGCGAUGAUUCUGGCUGGCAUCCUGCCCAUCCCCGUGGUACUGCUGUUGAGGAGAUUCCAGUGCUUGGCGCUGGACGUGGACAUCCACCAGGGCUCCAUUAGGAGGAUCGAGACCACUGUCUCCACUAAGGAAAUGAUGAGUGACCAGGAUUCUUCAGAUUCAGAGCCAAGUCAACCGCGCACGUCUGCUCACUAUGAAGAUUCGAGUAGUAGUGACGACGAAAUUCUAAAUGCAAAAUAUUCCACCGGAACCGGAAUACGUCUAGCAAUGAAACCAAUUGGACACAAUCCUAAUACAUUCAAAAUGGACGUUGUUGACUGACCGUUAAAUUAUAUUUAAAUUUGGAAUUGUAUUUUAGUUUUUGAUGUGAUCUAUUUUUAAGUGAUUUUUGCUAAAUUGAUAGAACAUAAUUUUAAAAUUUAAAUGAAACUUUGAUCUGAUCACAAGAACAUUACGUCCUAUGAUUCAAUUAAGUCUAAUUUAAAUUCGAAAAUUUGUUCUUAUAAUUCAGCGUUAUUAGUGCUGAUUCGGUAAGACGCUAUAACAGAUGCGACUAAAAAUAAAACAAUAUCUUUUUUUAGAAAAUAUUAAAAAAACUAUUUCACUAUUCCAACUACCUAUUUUGGUUGAUCUUUUAUACAUAUAAUACCGAAUUUGCAUUAUUGUAUAUAUUAUUACAGAUUACAUAAUAAGUAUAUCAUAUUUUAUGUCCCUUGAGGUACUUACGUAUUACUUCAACUUUUGACUUUUGGUCAUUGUAAAUAUUUAGUUACAGUUUAUUAUUCUUGAAUUUAAAAUCGAGAAGGAGCAACAAUUGGAACUCAAUAGAUACUUAAUUACUCUUGUAUAAUCAAAGUUAUUAAAAAAAUUAUUAUUGACUUAAGAAUAAAAAUAGCGGCUCUCACAGUAGAUUAUAACCUUUAAGCGACAAAAUCAUACAAUAAUGCUAGAUGUUUAGUUAUUAAUGUGUAGUAAAACCUUCAAUUAAUUUAGGUGUUAAUUAUAGCCCGAUCAGAUAAACUGAUUAACCAAUUUUUGCAACUUAAUUUGGCAAUGAUUGUGGCGCGGCAGAUAUUAAGUAAUUUUUGGUUAGGCCAUGCCUGUAGUUUACUUGAAUUACACAAUAAAUAAAUUCUUAUUCUAAAUUACAAAUUAGAUUGCUAAGUGACUUCGAGCGGAUGUUAUAUGGUUGAAAUAAUUGCAUUUUUUUUCUAAUUAGAAUUAGAAAUAUAAAUGCUUUCCAACUAAAAAUAGCAACAAAAUAUUAACAUUUUUAACUAUUUUCAAUAGAUCAAUGUUCGUUUGAUAUUAAAAAAAAUUAGUAAAUUAAUUUUCAUUAUUUUUAGUGAUAAUAAUCAAUGAAAGACAUUGAUUAUUAUCACUAAAAAUAAUGAAAUUGAAUUAGAAACAGGUUUACAAUGAUUUUCAGUGAAAGUACAGUAUAGUUUUGUAUGUAAGUAUAUUCUGAAAGUGCCAUAAAUAGCAAAUCAACAAUGAUGCUACAAAAUCUCAUUAACUUUGCCGCCGUCCUUAAACUAGACGGUGAAGAACUUACAUUUGAUUUGAUUUUUUAUUCCUUCAAAACUUUCGUAUAUGUAUCUCAUAUAUUGUUGUUGUUUCGUUGUUUUUUUGGUAUAAUUUGGCUAAUAUUAAGCCACUAAAUGUUAAAUGUAAAAAAAGUCCUUACUCAAAAACUAUAUUUUUGAGUUAGCCACUUUUAGUUUAAGGGCGGCAGUAGACAUACAUAAGGCGAACUAUAAAUUGUUAUCUACUUUUUAUAGGCAAAUAAAAAGAGAAUUGGUGAAACCAAAUAGGAGUUUAGUGUUAAAAGUAAAAUAAAUUGCCCAAUUGGCUGUUAGUAAUAUAUAAAAUAUCGGCUUAGGCUUGAAAAACCUUAAAUAAGGGUAGACUAAAUUAAGUGUUAUUUAAGUCUAGAUCUGGUUUGACCGAUCUAACACACUAUAGCUUGGCAAAUUCGUUGAUGACACUCCCAUGAUAUGCGGCCGACGGGGGGAACGACUGCGCGGGUAUGAAAUUGUGCGUGCAGGGAAGUCGUGGUUUUUUCAUUCAUCGCUACACGCCCCCCGGCCCGCGCGAACCAUCGGAGUGUUACGAAUGAACUUACCAAGCUACAUCUUACAGUAGGUACAUUUCGAAUAACAAAUAUAUUCUGACAGCUAGAAUUUCAAUAAAGAUUUGAAUUCUAAACCAUUUUGGUCAAAUAAUAGUUUUAAUUUGUCGUCUACCUACUUUUUUUAGAAGGUUUGACUUCCUAAAAGUAGUCGACAUUACCUAUUUAUAAUUUAGUAGGUACAUUUAUUUAGUUCAGUAAUCAAUAUCAAUAUCUGAAACAUCAUUUAAAAUACAUAAUGCUUAUAAAAUUGAUAGGAAGAAUGUGAGCAAAAUCACUGUCAAAUUCUAAUUGAUCACGUAGUUAAAGACUAAAUUUAACUAUUGUUGAAUUAUAUUAGGACUUACGAUAAAUUAAUGUUGUUAACAUCCUAGCCUUGUUAAUACAAUUGCACGAAACGAAUAAAAUUCAUAGACUUAUUAAUUAAUAAAUUGAAAAUGUCUACAUAUGGCUAGGAAAAAAGCUACUUGCCAUGUUGUUAAUGCACUACUAAUGUACCUAUCUGUAAUAAAUCCAAAAAAUAUGGGUAAUAAUUAAGAUUUGUACACUAAUUUCACCUCAACGAAUCAACUUUUAGUCUGUUUAAAAACCUACAAAUGUGUUUAAUUUGUAAGCAUAUGGUUUUUUUGCUUGUUCUGUUUAAAUUUACCUACAUUCUUCAUAAUUUACUUUAUGUACCUACAACAAAAUUAGCACUACAGUAUAGCAAAUACUGGUUUUUUAUUUUCAGUAAUAAAAUUGACCAUAGUGUUUGAAUCGUAUGUAUACCUACCUAAUUAUAAAUUUGUUUAAUAAAUUACUACAUAAUUAAUAUAAAUUAUUAACAACCACAAAGUGGCAAUGAAUGCUUUGAGCAAAUAUCAUGGUUCGUCAUCAUGUUUGAAAAUAUCCUAUUGAACAGUGGCGUAGCGUGGAUUAACUUACGAGUACACGUGGGUGGAUAAUUGUCGGUGAUUUCCAAAUUGCGCCAAUUAUUUAUAAUCCAGUAACCGUGUGAAUAAAAUCUUGAUCGCUAUGUACGAUGGUAGAAAUUUUCUUCAUGUUAAUUAUACAGUAAUAGUUGACUAAACUUAUAUUUAUUAUAAGAAUGUAAAAUCCAACUGUUUAAAUCCGCAAAAAAGAAAAUUGACACGAAGACCUUCGACAAAAGGGAUAAAAUAAUUAGCAGAUGUCUUUACAAAGAGAAGACUACUAAAUCACAUACCGAGUUUCUUCCUUCUUAAUCAUUCACUCUUGGCAGAGUGGUCAUGGUUGCAGUGAUGAGCGACGAAUUCUGUGCAAUGCUGGUCCACUUUUGGCGAUUGGCUGCGCUUUGAGUACACUCCACCAUGAAUAAUUUAUUUCAAUGGUUUCCCUAUGAAUAGUCCCUUCGUUUUUUAAACUUGUCAAUUUAAUUUUAUGCAAGCUAUUGAUAAUUUGCGCUAUUUUCGUGAUUAUGAUCAAAUGAUCAUAAGAUUCGUCGAUCGUAAUUAAAUUCCCGAAUAGUUUGAUUACAUGUAGGUGUACUAAUAUGAAGUUGGUAUCAAGUUGUUUGCGAUAACAUCAUUGGUCGUGGAACUCGUUAUUAUGAUGAUUAAUGAUACACGUAUUACUUUCAUCAGGAUAAACAUUGAUAAUCUAAACUAGCUGCUAGGGUCAUUGCAGAGAUGCCGAAUUGAUUACAGGUAUAUCCAAGCGUUGAAGUGCUUGUACGAAAACACCACUAUGUCAGUCCGUAUUCAGGAUCAGACUACGAGGCCAAUCCAGUUGCAGCGAGGAGUGCGUCAGGGAGAUGUGAUCUCUCCGAAGCUAUUUACCGCCGCAUUGGAAGACGUCUUUAAGCUUCUGGACUAGGGCGGACUUAGCAUCAACAUCAAUGGCGAGUGCAUCCCUCAACUGCGAUUCGCGGACGAUGUAAUCAUCAUGGCACAGACUCUGGAUGACCUUUCUCAACAGGUGGACCUGAAAAUGAACAUGGGCAAAACAAAAAUAAUGUGUAAUGCUCAUGUGUCGCUCCACCCAGUUAUAGUUGAGAACGCUGCACUCGAAAUUGUAGACGAAUACAUAUACCUAGGACAUAUGAUCCAGUUAGGUAGGUCCAAUUUCGAGAAAGAGGUGAACCGUCGAAUCCAACUCGGCUGGGCUGCAUUCGGGAAACUUCGCGACAUCUUUUCGUCCGAAAUUCCUCAGUGCCUGAAGACAAAAGUCUUCGUUAGGAGUAUCUCUGCGUGAUCGAAUCAGAAAUGAGGAGAUCCGCAGAAGAACCAAAGUCACCGACAUAGCUCAACGAGUUGCGAAACUGAAGUGGCAAUUGGCGGGACACAUAGUUCGAAGAGCCGAUGGACGUUGGGGUCCCAAAGUGCUGGAAUGGCGACCCCGCACUAGUUAGCGCAGUGUUGGCCGACCCCCCACCAGGUGGACUGACGAUAUCAAGCGAGUCGCAGGGAUUCGCUGGAUGCAGGUGGCUCAGUAUCGUGAUGUUUGGAAGUCCCUUCAAAAGGCCUAUGUCUUGCAGUGGAUGUCCAUCGGCUGAUAUGAUGAUGAUGAUGAUGAUCUAAACUAGUCUAAGCUAAAAAUAAAUCCUUUGGUUAAUUUAAUAUUAAUCUAACGGUAGCUACUAGGUCGGAUAACUGGGGCACUCACAAAAUUAACCGUAAUAUUAAUAUUUUCUAUUGUAUUUAUGUUUUUUUGAUUCGUUUGUUUGUGUUUGCCAAAUAAAAAUCUUUCUUUCGUUCUUCUUUCUUUCGUUAGCGAUCCUAGAAGGUAGUCAUAAAUUCAGAACCACCCCACGAGAUCUCACCAGCCCCUUUUAAUGAGAGUCCGUGGGUGGGUGUCUACACGCCCACGCCUAGCUACGCCACUGAAUAGUCAUCGCAUUGCUACAGUGAGAUGACAUUAUAUUAUCCGCACAUUCCAUGAAUUUGGAGCCGUUAUUAGCAAUGCUGCUAGGCAGCACGAAUUAGCAUGGUGGUAGUACAGCCCGGACUAGCUUUGACACAAAGCGCUCUACUACUACAAGGUACCUCAUGACGUCACUGGUCUGUACUAUAUUAAAUAGAUUAUGAAGGAUUCGCGGAAAGCUAGUCACGAUAAUUUAGGUAUUAGAAUUUAGAUGUAGUUCUCAACACUAAAUUAUCAUUAAACUGGUGCGGUUACGAUGGGAUAGGACAGCUUUACAAUGAUGUAAAACGUAUAUAUAAGUUGUGUCACGUAAAAAGAGCACCGAUUUAGUAAUGCAUAGAAUGCCUUUCCAUGUUGGUAACGAAAGUUUGGUAAAUAAAAUUCUUUUUUGUGUAAGUUUAGGUAUUAUAGCGAACGUAGAUUUAAUAAACGUUCAUAUCAUUAGGUAAUUAAAUAUUGUAAGUGCUUUAUUUUUUGCGAUAAAUUAAAUUAAACAAAAAUUAAAAUUAAAAAUUGUAUGUGCAGCUCCAUAAACAGUUCAGUUAUUUUAGCUUAAUACAACAAAAAAAUACUAACUCAAUUUUGUUAGUCGACUGACUGAAUUAUGAUACUGACUUUUUAACUUAUAGUUAUAUGUUCUUAAGUUUAAGAUCCUUUGGUAGUAAUUUAAUUUCCCGAAUAUUUAAACUGUAGUUUGCUGAUAAUACUUUUAAUAAAUACUUUUAAUUAUGAAGUUGGUACUGAUUAUGGAGUCACAAGUUGUAUGUACCCAAACUGGAGUUUGCUCAUAAUCAGGGGCGUAGCUACCGCCGUAUCAGCCGUAUCAAUGACACGGGCCCCCGGACUGCAGGAGCCCCUUACGUGUGGAAGCAAAAAUUAGUAAACUGUAAUCCACAAUCUCACUUAAUCUGGUGCUUCCCGGAUAAAAUCAUAAAAAAAACUGUACUUUUCACUUCAGAAAUGAUAAAAGUAAAAAACCCGUUAAUUAGCAAACAUUUUUUAUGAGAAUUCCUUUCAUUUGGAGCCCUACCUAAUUAUGAUACAGGGCCCCUAAAAGGCACGCUACUGCUCACAAUACUUAUAUAAAGUUGGCACUGACUGGUUAGGUAUGUGCAGAUCAGUGUAUUUUUUACGUGACACCUGUUAUAUUAUGGUACACAUACUUUCAUCAGGGUAAACAUUGUUUAUUCUAAACAUUUAGGCUAGAAAAUUUAGCAUCCUCUGACAAAGGCCGAAUUAAGCAAACGCAGGCCUCGGCAUACUGUAAUUUCUAAAAAGGUAUCUUUGAUUGGCUAUGGGUUGUUAUACGAAGGUAGCUUUAAUAUAAAGUCAUGUUUCUUAGCGAAACAACAAAAUUAUUAUUUGCCAUUUUUCGCAAAAUCCUGAAAAGAACCAAGUGAUUUUUGUUAUCUUUUAAAAGAUUGUCGGAUCUCCGCUGGAAAACGUGCAAAUUAAACAUUUUAUCAGAUUAUGAAGUACGGAUGUACCUACCAGAUUUUGCGGAAAAUAGCAAAAAUAAAGUAAUUCUUUGUCUAAUUAGGAAAAUAAAGGAAAUUUAUUUAAGCACAGCGUAAAUGCUAAGUUGAACUUAGCCUAAAUGCCAAUUUGAACUUAGCUUAAAUGCUAAGUUGAGACCUACAGAAAGAGAAUUUCUUUCUAAACAAUAUUGUCACUAUCUGAUUUGGUUGGUUGGUGGAAGGCUUCGGUCGUUUCUAGUUACCACCCUACCGGCAAAGACGUAUCGCCAAGUCAUUUAGCUUUACGAUGCCGCGUAGAAAUCAAUAAUGAAUGUGAUAAAACAAACAUAUAUUCUUCACUUACCCUAAAUAGAAAGAAAUUCUCUUUCUAAACUUAGCGUUAAUAUAAUUAUGCUGUCAUAUGGAUGGCUUCUGUUUGAUCCGAAUACACACAUAAAUCAUUAUUACCUGAGAUCGGGAAAAUCGAUUAUUCUGUAUUUGUAAUAUAGGAGUCUUUGACUUGCUAACAAUCGCUCAAAAGAGCCGUAGAUCUAAGUGUUGGUUCCGUAGCUCGCUGCAGGAUGACAUCCCGCUAUAGUUGUAGAAGAUGACAUUGAUCUAAGAUAAAAUAGUGAUUAUGUUUUGAGAUGCAAAAUUAAAAAUAUUGCCACUAA